AUGUCCACCAAGUACCGCACCACCACUACCUUUACCCCCAUCAACGCCAACACUACUACUAGUUGUAGUAGUAACACCAAGACCGAGACCGAGACUGACACUGAGGCCGAUACCAAUACCGACAGCGACAGCGUUACUACCCCCAGUCCCAACCUGGCCGUAGUCCCCCGCCGCCGCUACGACCCAGCUGUGCAAGCCCUCCACGGCGAGAACAAAAGAAAGCUCUGGGAAGUUGUCCGCCGUUCCGAGUCUCCAGCUCCAUACCUUAAGUCCAAGUCCAAGAUCGAUAUCUGGAUCACCGUCCGCCUGACGGCUUGGGGCAACGCAAAACUCUGGGAAAGAUGCAAAGGCCCGAAGCAGAAGGAAGUCUGGAGAUACCCGUGCUAUGACUUUGUUAUGAGGGAGGGGGCGCUUAGUGAAGAGCAGAUCCUAACCGGCCGCCCAUCCUACAUAAACGCCAUCCUCAUCGCGUCCCGUGGCAAGCAAAUGGCCGUACCGUGCACUCGCAACAGGCGGCGCCUCUUCCGAGACAGUAUCCGCAUUCCAGGCAUCUGGCUUGGUGCGUGUGCGGGCUGCAAGUGGACAGAUAGAGCGAAAGUUUAUGGGUUCAAUUACGAAGAGAGGAAGGGAUAUAAAGAGGAGAGUAUUGUUGAGGAGCAGUACAGGCCUCCCAGGAAGUACCUGGCGGCUGUUCCUGGGGAGAGGGAUGUAGAUGAACAAGAGGAAGGAGAAGAUGCUAAAGUGAAGGUUGAGCAGGACGAAUAA